GUUAUUUGUCUACAGUAUAAACUAGGGCAAAAGCUCUGGAAUUCUUUCGACCGGGAACCAAAUUCAAGACCCGCGAAAAUUAAAAACAAAAAUCAAAUUAAUCUACUAAUACUUCUCUUUUAGGGUUAGGGUUUUGUCAAAACCACCACCCAGUCCAACGCUUUCUCUGCUAGGGUUCUGCUGUCUUCUUCGACCCGGCCUGAAUUCAUGCAACUUUGAUAGGAAUAGAAGAUUCUACGUACAGUUUAGAAUUGCUGUAAAAAAUUAUAUUGCAAAUUCAGAUUUGUGUUUAGCGGAUAUAAUAUGGAACUGAAUUUUUUUUCUUUUGGUAGGGAAAAGCUUGUACAAAUAGCCUAACUUUUAUGCUGCCAUCUUUCAACCUGUGAUUUUGAUUGCAUAUAAAUUAUAGAUUAGGAACUGGAGGCUUUUUGUCAUUUUACUUUGCUGUUCCCUUGUAUUUUUUUUACUGCAUUGAAAUCACUUAUUUAUAAUUCCACCUCAGGCAGAUUAUUUUCUCAUGUCUCAUAUCUUGUUUUGUUUUUUUCUUGUGUCAAACGCAUUUUCCAAUAUAUAGUUAAACAAUUAAUUGGCCAUUGUUUUUGGGCAACUUUCAUAUCCAUUAUCUUAAUUAUCGAGGGAUUCAUUGGUUCAUUGUUUUUUCACCUGUUGAGCAUCAUCAUCCUCUUGAUUAUCAUUCGGAAUCUGAUUUGUCUCUCUUUGAAUAUUUUUACUUUAUUUUGAUCCCUAAUCUGAGAAUCAUUCACAUUGCAACUCCUUGGAGCCAAAUCUUAUGGCACAAAUUCUAUCAAAAAUCUUACUCUGCAACUCCAUUUGGCCUCUCAUUUUGUUUCCACCUUUCCAUAUAUGUAUUCUUUCUCCUUUGAAUGCUUCUGGCUUCUGUGAUUUCUUCACAGUUGCCUUGCAAGCUUGCUUUAUUAGAUACAUAAUAUGCCAAGGACAAGGGCAAGCACUGCAGAAGAUCAUAAUCCAGAUGGACCUGAAAAUCUUACUGAGUCUGAAAAGCAUAUAGAACCUGAAGAGCAAGUAGACCUUGAUGGAGAUAAUGAUCCUGAGGAGGUAGUGGAGGAAGAGGUUGAAUAUGAAGAGGUGGAGGAGGAGGUGGAGGAGGAAGUGGAGGUAGAAGAAGAGGUGGAAGAGGAGGUGGAAGAAGAGGAAGAAAAUGAGGAGGUUGAUGAUGGAGCUAGAGAGGAGAUGGAUGUUGCAGAGGCAGACAAUGAAGACGAGAAAAAGAAGCAGGCUGAGCUUCUUUCACUUCCUCCGCAUGGAUCUGAGGUCUAUCUUGGUGGCAUUCCUUAUGAUGCUUCUGAGGAGGAAUUGAGGGGCUUUUGUGAAUCUAUAGGAGAAGUCACAGAGGUUCGGAUAAUGAGGGGUAAAGAUUCAGGUGAGGCGAAGGGAUAUGCUUUUGUGACCUUCAGAACUAAAGAGUUGGCUUCUAAGGCCAUUGAGGAGCUAAAUACUUCUGAAUUUAAGGGGAAAAAGAUAAAGUGCUCAACAGCUCAAGCGAAGCAUAAAUUGUUCAUUGGUAAUGUUCCCAGAAAUUGGGGUGAGGAAGAUAUGAGGAAGGUUGUAACAAAGAUUGGGCCAGGAGUCAUUUCUAUUGAGUUGUUGAAGGACCCGCAGAAUUCCAGUCGGAAUCGUGGAUUUGCUUUUAUUGAGUAUUAUAAUCAUGCAUGUGCAGAAUACUCAAGACAGAAAAUGUCAAACCCAAAAUUUAAGCUUGAUGAUAAUGCUCCAACUGUGAGCUGGGCUGACCCUAGAAAUGCAGAUUCCUCUGCUGCUUCUCAGGUUAAGGCAUUGUAUGUAAAGAAUUUGCCAAAAGAUAUAACACAGGAUUGCCUAAAAGAGCUGUUUGAACGUCAUGGAAAGAUUACAAAAGUGGUUCUUCCACCAGCGAAAGCUGGUCAGGAAAAGAGUAGAUAUGGUUUUGUGCACUUUGCUGAAAGGUCAAGUGCCAUGAAGGCAUUGAAAAAUACUGAGAAAUAUGAAAUUGAUGGUCAAGUUUUGGAGUGUUCUCUUGCAAAGCCACAAGCAGAUCAGAAGACUUCUGGAGGACCAAAUUUGCAGAAGCCAGCUUUACAUCCAAGCUACCCACCUAACCUGGGUUUUGGUUUGGUUGGGGGUGCCUAUAAUGCUGUGGGUGCAGGAUAUUCUCCUGCAGGCUUUGCACCGCCAUUGAUAUAUGGUAGGGGAGUAACUCCUGCUGGCAUGGCAAUGUUGCCAAUGCUAUUGCCUGAUGGACGGAUUGGAUAUGUUUUGCAACAGCCUGGAAUGCAACAACACACUCCUCCACCACAGCCCAGAAGUGGCAGGGGUGGGGCUGGCAGUAGCUCCAGUGGUGGAAGACGCAGCCAUGACAGUGGCCGUGGACGCAGCCGGUAUAACCCCUAUUAGUUUUAAAUGCAUUACCAUUUCAUGCAGCUAGAAACAGAGGAUAUGAAUGAAACACUCCUGCAAUCAACUUUCAUUUUGGAAUUGGGCUUAUCAGUCUAUACUUUCAGUACGGGGAGCUGCUGAGUUUAUAAUUAAAUGCAUUUUGAUUUUGAGCAGUUCAGUUCAAAGUUAAACCCAAUCGCUCCUUUGGUUGUUAAUGUUAAUUAAAUUUAUUGAUUUUGUUAUCUAAAACAGAUUGUGUCUCCUAUUAGUUUCAAUGCUUUAGAUUUUUUCUAAUCGGAAAGAUCUACUGCUCAUCGAAUUAUCUUGCUACAUAUCAAAUUCAUUCCCAUAUUAUUUUUUCA